AUGAGGGGGUGUUGCAAGAACGCAGAAGGAAAAACUCGUGUUGCCUACUUCAAUACCCAAUACAUCACCGGGAAAGAAUGUGAGAAAAAUCUGGCAAGUGUUAAAGAACACUUAGUCGAGGUCUACAAACUUCACAAGGACAAAAAGUAUUUUCUCGCUCCAUUUUUCUACGGUGGUCAUUGGGUGUUGUUUAUUGUGUCCCCUUUGGACCGGAAAGGUUGGAUUUUGGAUUCAGUGUCGAUUAGAGCCGAAAAGAAUAAAAAUCAUUAUCCUCUAACAAAAGCAAUUGAAACUACCUUUGGAAGUCAAUUUACAUGGAAGAUGGCAAAGUGUAUGCAACAAGAUGGCUCUUGGGAGUGUGGAUAUUUGGUAAUAAGAAACAUGUUCAACUUUGUUCUCGAAAAGCAAUAUGAUUUUCCGAAAAAGAUUUGGAACGACACAAGAGAUGUCACUGAAGCGGAAAUCGAUGAGUUGGUUAAGAACAUCAUGACACGGUUUUUCAGAGAAGUGUUUAAUGAUACCACCAAGAAGUAGUAUCGUGUUUGAAC